AUGCUCCUCAAGUCCAAGAAGGGCCAGCAUGUCGAGGAAGCGCGCAAUCUGCAGAAGAGUCGCGCUCAAGGACUCUUCACAUGGCAGCCUCUCGUCCUGAUCACCACUCUCCUGGCCCUUUUGUCCUUGGCCUUCAUUGUACACGCUUCUCUGAACCUUCAAGUCGACCCCCAAGGAUGUGUCAUGUCAAUGAUGGCCCCGACUUACCUCAAACUGUCCGGCUUUGACACCGAGCACUCCCGAUUCGCGAGCAAGUACCAUCUCUACCUAUAUCGCGAAGAGGGAGUCGACGAAUACACGCACGACAAUAUUGGUCUUAGAGGUGUGCCAGUGCUCUUUAUCCCUGGUAAUGCUGGCAGCUAUAAACAAGUCCGCUCGUUGUCCUCCGAAGCCUCUCGAUAUUUCCACGACAAGCUCCGUGACGAUCAGCAGGCCAGGGAAGAUGGAGUUCGAGGCCUUGACUUCUUCACCAUCGACUUCAACGAGGAUCUGGCAGCCUUUCACGGUCAAACCGUGAUUGACCAGGCUGAAUAUGUCAACGAGGCAAUAGCAUACAUCCUUUCCCUCUACCACGAUACGAAGCGAUUGAAUCGAGACUCCGAUCUUCCUGACCCAAGUUCUGUCAUCCUGAUAGGUCACUCAAUGGGUGGAAUUGUCGCAAGAACCGUGCUAGUAAAUAGCAAAUAUCAGGCCAACUCGGUCAACACCAUCAUCACGAUGUCUACACCUCACGCCCGACCACCGGUAUCCUUCGAUGUGGACAUCGUGACCUUGUACGAGCAGAUUAAUAAUUACUGGAGGGAGGCCUACACUCAGAAGAUGUCAAGCAACAAUCCCUUGUCACAGACGACAAUCAUAUCCAUAGCUGGAGGAGGCAAGGAUACUACUGUUCCCUCGGACUACGCUACCAUCUCGUCUCUUGUGCCCGACUCCCAUGGCUUUACCGUGUUUACAUCCACCAUUCCCACCGUCUGGACAUCAAUGGAUCACUUGGCCAUUACUUGGGCCGAUCAGCUGCGAAAAGUCAUAGUCAAGUCCCUGUAUGAAGUUGUCGAUGUCCGAAGAUCAGCUCAGACUAAAUCUCGAGCUGCACGUAUGAAGGUGUUCCGAAAGUGGUUCCUGACCGGUUUGGAAGACGAAGCUGUCAAACGACUCCCACUAGCAGAGCACGAUGUCCUGCUGAUCUUGGGCGAUGAGUCGAGGUCUACCGUAAGCAAGAAAGACAGCAUUACCAUUCAUCGCCUUGGCUUGCAAGACAUGUCCUCCGCCAAACUGCUUCCUGUUCCUUCGUCGGCAAAUGGAUCUGUGAAGCACUUUCAACUCUUGACAGACCAACCUGUUCACCCUGACGGCUCCUUCGACCAUUUGGAUGUUCUUUUCUGCAGCGCUUUUCCAGUUGCAAAUCACGCUUCUUCGACCUCGAAUCCAAUACAUAUUGAUCUGUCGAAUGGUGAUGCUAGUGCUACCCGACUUGCUUGCAAGCGCGCUACUGGUGAUGCAGUCUCUCUACCGACUUCAAAUCGAUUAUCUCAAAAUGCCUUCGACCAAACACCACCCUUCACCUUCCUCCAGUACGACGUGAUUGACCUGCAAGAAUAUCAGUUCGUCGCUGUAGUUGACAAGAGCACCAAGGUCAACGAUGGAUGGGUCCACGCUGAAUUCAACGCCGACUCCGACUCUAGUGUCGUGGUUGACAUCAGUCUGCCAAUGCUUCUGUUCCGUGGUGUCAGCGUGGAGCUACCCUCAACUCGCGCCUUGAUGACUAAUAUCAAAAUUCCAGCAUUACAAUCGUCUUUGCUCGCCUACAACCUCAAAAUGCGUCAGCACGGUUGCCACAAAGAUACUGAGCUCUUCACUUUGCUGGUGAGACAAUACAUCGACGCUCCUCAUGAGUCUAAAUAUUUCGUCAAUUUCAAAGAAGGUGAUAUCAAUCUGCACGGUGUUGCUCCGUUCAUGCCGCCAGCGUUACCAGGCGAGUCGAUCAAUAGUGGUGUGUCUUUCCAAAUCUGGUCCGACCCUACGUGUAAAUCGUCCUUGGAGUUCCGCUUAAAACCCGAUCUGCCCGGCAGUCUUGGGAAGCUCGUCAUUCGAUACCGCACAGUCUUUGCUGCUUUCCCCCUCCUCGUGGUGGCGAUGGUGUUGAGGAAACAGUUUCGAUUAUACGAUAACGCAGGAAUCUUUAUCUCUUUCAGUGACAGUCUCGAUCAAAGCUUGCGGUUGCCCUUGCCAAUCUUGUUACUGUCCAUGACCUUCUUUGCUACUGCUUUUACUGGGAACCUUGCAGCUACAAAGCAUGCACCGACACAUCAGCCAAACGGGACUGUCAGCUACAACCAAAAUGAUCUUCUUCUUGGAUCCCCCGAUGCCUUCUUCUGGUUUCUUGUACCACUAUGUGGGGUUAUUAGUGUUGGAGUAUGUGUUAUUCUGAACUAUGUCGUACUGACCCUGUUGCAAUGCUCCAGUGUGUUGCUGUCGGCCUUUACGACUCGGAACGCUUACGUCAAGAUGGUGGACAGUGAGAAAGAGAAGACUUCUGUCGUUACAAUGACAGCCACUCCUCGACGUCGGAUUAUCAACACUGUCGUUCUCUUAGCGCUCGUCGCCACCGUCAUUCCCUACCCAUUCGCUUACGUUGUCGCAUGUCUCGUGCAAUUUGCGACGGCCACGCGGGCACUAAGAGAUGCGAAAGACCUUCGGACUGGGUCUGCAAUGAAUUUUUUCAACUACACACAUUCGAUAUUGAUCUUAAUGCUUUGGGUUCUGCCUAUAAAUCUGCCGAUUCUAGUGGUGUGGGUCCACAAUUUGGCUGUUCACUGGUUGACGCCGUUCUCGUCGCAUCACAAUGUUCUGUCGAUUAUGCCUUUCAUCCUGCUAGUGGAAACAUUGUCUACUGGCUCAAUGGUGCCACCUCUACAAAAGUUCAAAUGGACCACGAAUUUUCUCUUCUUCGCUCUGGCUGUGUACUCGGCAGUCGUGUCAAACACCACUAUCAAGAACCCAGAACUUGCGCCUGCAAAAUCGCAAGAAAAGCCCAAUAUACCUCAAACUCUUCCAGCUCAAACAACCGUGGUGCUCACAAGCCCAUCGAGUCCAUUACCACAAACAGCAACUACGACUCCGUCCUCAACAGAUCCGGCUAAGACAUCUUUUGAUCUCCUCUCUCCCGCAUAUCUGACCGUGGGUCUCAUCUUCGUUGUCGUUCUCGUCGCACUCAUCUGGCUCCUGAUGGGUCCCAACGCUCGAAGACCAUGGUCCUGUCAUUCUCAUAGGAAAAGUGUGGAGGUACCUCUGCGACAACGAGGGCCAGGCGAUGCAUACGAGGUCAAUCCGGACAUGUGGAGUGGUGGUGGUAGAUUCGUUGGUGAAUCACUACGAGGCAGAGAUCGAGAUAACGAUCCGGUUCUUGAGAUAUCGGGUGCAGCUAUGGAGAUUGGGUAUGACGCUAGGGGGACAAGAGCGAGAGAAGAUGGAACAGGGUCACAGCAUAGGUGUGUGAGCGCCUCGCCAUGUUCAGGAGAGCAUUAUGAGAUCGCAAGAUACGAUCGAGACCUACCUCCACCUUACCGGCAGGAAGAGAGACACAUGGUAUAG